UUAUACUUUCUAAAAUUUUAUGCGCCACCUGGUAUUCAAAAGUAUACAGUUUCUCUUAUGUCACCAUUUGAUUUGUUUACGUUGAAUAUUUUGUUGUUGCUUUACUGCCGAGAAUUAUAAAUGUCAAACAAUUCUCGGUUUUCAUUUCCAGUUUCAAUACACAGAACAAUUUACUCAUUUUCAAGCGACUUUGCGGUAACGACAUUUUAAUUAUCUUAUUUCCUUUUUUAUUUUCUCUUGAAUAUUAACUACCUUUACCAAAAACGUAUACGAAAUCUCAAAGAGAACAAUGUUGUUUCCCUCUGCUCCUCGAUAAGACUAAAACAAUUAAAAAUCUCGAAGAAAUUUAAUAAAAAAAAACAAAAACCUUUAAAACAAUAUAACACAACGUAGGAAACAUACAAAUCAAGAAAGCAUACAAAAAUGGUUUCGUCAUCACUGGAGACGAUUCUCGAGACUACAGCUGUGAUAACAACUGUUCUGCAGUAUUUAUCUGGAGCGAUUGUUUGCCGGAAGUAUGUUAACAAAAAGAGCACUGGCGAUUCCUCUGGAUUUCCUUUUAUAUGCGGAUUCUUAUCAUCCAGCCUCUGGCUUCGGUAUGGCUCGUUAACCGAGGAGAGAAUCGUUGUGAUAGUGAACAUUAUAGGCACGGCCUUGAUGUUCCUUUAUACGGCUAUUUACUACGUUUUUACCGUAAAUAAAAGAAGCUAUGUGAGACAGUUUUCGUUGGCGCUUUUCACUUUAAUAACCAUUGUGACGUACACAAAGUAUGAAGUGCCACACGAAGAGGCAAUUCAGCUUAUGGGAUAUGCCUGCUGUGUGGUGACGGUGUUUUUCUUUGCGGCUCCUCUUAUUAUGCUGUUCCAUGUGGUGCGAGUGAAGAACUCCGAGAGUCUACCAUUCCCUCUGAUAGCAAUGUCGUUCUUUGUGACAGUUCAAUGGUUGAUCUACGGAGUAAUCAUCAAAGAUGCCUUUAUACAGAUUCCAAAUUUCCUCGGUUGUGUGCUGUCGUUGGUGCAGCUUAGUCUGUUUGUUUGUUACCCGCCCAAGAAUUAUUCUGGCCAUGGUUAUAAAUUAGUUGAUCAAGCAGUGAUCUUUUGAGGUGGCUAUGGCUGGACUUUGCCACACUAGGAUUCCUAUAACCCAGUAUGAUGAUAAUAAUAUAAAGUAUUUUUUUUUUGUUUUGAGGAUUAUUGCAAAUUAUAUUAUGUAGAGAUAAGAUUGUAUUCAAUCAAUGCUAUAUAUAGGAAUGUUUUGAAGAUAUGACUUUACACUGCAUAUGAAUCUUUUAGCUUUAAGUUAACAAAAAUUUAAAUUAUAUGUAAAAGCAAAGCAAAUUAAACUGAUAUAUUGAUGUGCCACGUUAA